AUGGUAGUGGCUCAAGUUCCUUCCUUAACCCUUCUUUCAACGAAUCUCUCCGAUACCACAACAGGUUCAGCACUUUAUUACGAUUCUAAUUCUCAAUUAUUGUAUUCAUUCGGAGGAGUCGAGAUGAAUAGGGGUUCGAAUGGAAAUUUGGUCCUUACGACGCAUGACACGAUUCAAAUGGCUUCGGUGACAAAAUCGUCGACGAACCAAAACUCGAAUGGUGGUUUCGUGGGAAGUGUGUUGGGGCUGUCUGGUAAUUCCAUUUCGAUUGUUGCUAAUUUGCCCUAUCCUACAAGUCAUUAUGCUUUUCACGUGUUAAAGAAUGUGACAACUGACAGCAAAUCGUCUUCAACUUUACCAUCAUAUGCAUACAUAUUUGGAGGUUACAAAUCAAAGGCCAUUCAGCGAGCUUCAUUAGACUCUUUAACCCAAUUUACCAAAGUGGGAGAAUUACCAGUUGAGAUUUCAUUUGCAGCUUCCAUAAGGACUGAAACUUCACUCUAUCUCGUUGGUGGAUUGGCAGAUGAUCGAUCGAGUGGUAGGUCUUCCAUUUAUUCUGCAUCGAUCAGCAGUCCGGUCAACUGGAAGUUAUUGACCUCCACUUUUCCAGUAGCGAUUGUGUCACCUGUCGUAUUAACUUAUAAGAGAACUGUGUACAUUAUUGGAGGAUGUAAUUCUCUUUCGUGCUCAACGAAAUAUAGCACCACUUAUGUUUCAUCUUUUGAUAAUUUGACACAGUGGUCUUUGUCUUCAAACACGUUGCCAUGUUCUGUGAGUUUUGCGAGUACCUUCAUGACAAGUGACUUUGCAUACAUGAUUGAGGGAAGUAGUGAUCUAGCAAGAAUAUUAAGGGCUCCCUUGAGUGAUUUAACUUCUUGGACUUUGAUCACCUUGGAGUUUCUAAAUAAGGCCAUUUCUCGAGCGUUCAUAACAAUUGGUUCUUCCGUAGUGAUAUCUGGAGGGUCGUAUAUUGGAAGUUUUGAUUCAUACUCGAGUAAAAACAUUGUGACUGUGUCAGAUACGACCGUGGUUGCUAAUUGUUUUGGAGUUCUCGCCAGUAAUACGAGUUGCAGUGGGCGUGGUCAAUGUAUUUCAACUGACAAUUGUCAAUGCAUCAACUCUACCUACUAUGGUGACAAUUGUCAAUAUACCAAGUCGACCCAGGUCACUCCCGUUUGGAAUGCAACUUCAAAUUCAUCGAAUGUAUCACCCUCCUGGAAUGCGACAUUGCCAAGUAUGAAUGACCAAUCCCAAAAUAGUUCUUCCGUUUUGACAUCUUCGAAUACGACAACCAAUGCGAUGAAUAACCUCGCCAGCAAUUUGACAAAUGCACUCAAUAAGACCAAUGUGGACAAUUCUUCUUCUGCAAUCAGUCCUGGUUUAAACAACCCUCCAAAUCUAACUGACAUUGGAGGAUCUUUACUCUCAAACACUUCCAAACCAAUCCUUGAAACCAAUGUCAACAACACAACUUCAUGGAAUGCCACAUUAAACCCCAGUAUUUCUAUGAACGCUACCAUACUUCCAAUGAUCACAAAUGAGACAUCCUCAAACAACGCAUCGAUUGCGAAUACCACUGGUUGGGUUGUGAUGAACAAGACAAUGCUUGUAAAUUCAUCGGUUUUAGAUGCGAAUUUGAAUGAUACAAAGAUCACUCUCAACGUCACUUUAAAGAUCAACAAUACAAAUGAUGCUCUGAAUGCAACUACAAUAAGAAAUUCAUCAAUUAGCAAUCAACUUCUUGAGAAUUCUAACCUUACGAUAGGUGGCAAUCUUUCUUUGGUGAACGUCACAAAUUCCAAUCAAACCAUCAGCACUGAAACAAAUACAACUUUGAUCCGUAACAAUGGAACUUCUUUCACGUGCUUGGGUGUUCCUAGCAAUUCCUUAUUAGUCUGCUCUGGAAGAGGAAAAUGCAUUGCCCGUGACACCUGUCAAUGCAACUCUUCAUAUUUUGGGAUUGAUUGUUCAAAAUAUUCAUGCUUUGGGUUCUUGUAUAACGACACUGAGAAAGCAUGCGGAGGAUCAAACAGAGGAUGGUGUGUAGCACCUGACACUUGUCAAUGUGUGAAUAACUAUACUGGUUUGACCUGUCAGGACCUUGUCAAACCACAAACAUGGUCAUGUUUUGGAAUCGACUCAAAAAACUCCUCUGUUUGCUCUAACGGACAAGGUCAAUGUAUCGCCAACGACACAUGCCAAUGCUUUCCCACCUACCAAGGUUCUCAAUGUGAAAUCUCUUCAAAAACUUUUUCCGUUUCCCUCGACGCUCGUUAUUAUUCUGUGAACAUUGAUCAGCAAUCCAUGUUGAACUUAAAGGUGCAACUCAUCACUCCCUGGAUCUCCAAGAAUGAAACCUCGAUCGACCGAUAUCAACUCACUUGCUCGAAUUGCUCUCGCCUUUUUCCUUCUCCUCAAUUUUUCAAAGAUUCUCCGAGUGAAAUCUCUUUAGAUGUAUCCUUGUUGAGCCCUUUCGCUAGUUAUGAAUUUUCAUUGACAGCCAUUAAGAGUAAUACAACCGAGCAGUCACAACCUUUUGUUUUCUAUAUUGAUGUUACAAGCACCAAAUUGAAAACAAAGGAUGCUUCUCCGCUGAUGAUUGACAGCUUGGUGAUGACUGGCCUUCCACCAGCAUUUAUUUACAACGCCACUGAUACAACAUUAUUAAUCUCAAUUUCACAACUAACUUUCAAUUUGCCAUUCCCAAAAUUUUUACAAGAUGGAAAUUGUUCAUUUUCAUGUCCGUUUCAAAGCCGUGUCGAAUUGAGGUUAGUUAAGGAAAUUGCAAAUUCAAUUAAGGAUUCAAAUUUGAUGGAUGCAAAGGUUCUCUACACUUGGGAAAAGACGUCUCAAUAUUCACUUCUGUCAGAUUUAAGUUUGCAAUUGAGCCCUUUCAUUUCCAUUCAGCAGUUAAUUUCAAUACCAUGGUCAGAAUUGAUUUACCCCUCAUUGAAUAAUCGGAUUGAAAUUGAAUUUUCCUUUCCAACUUUUAAAAACGCUUCUCGUAUCCUUUCGAUUCCAAUAAUUGAAAUGCCCUCUCCUCCUUCAGAUUAUUUAACCAUGACAAGUGUCAGUCCAUCAUCAGGAAUGGCCAUUUUAGAUCAAUUCCUUGUUCAAACGUCAGAAUGGAUAUCAAAUAGUGCUCUUUCACCUCUCACCUAUGCUUUUGGAUUUUAUCACAUGUUUUUGAAUGAAAGAAUCCGAGUCACAGAUUAUCAGGAAAAACCAAGUACCUCUCUUCCAUUGCCAUAUUUAUUCAAGUCCAUAACAACCACCAACUCAAGUGGCUCUUCUUCUUUCUCACCUAUUUCAACACAAAAGAGAAUUGAAAUUGUGUUAUUUGUGAAGGAUGUCAUGGGCCAUGAACAAUCUCAAAAGAUUGGUCUUGUGAAUAUAUUACCUCUCAAUCAAUCAAUGGCUACAAAUUUGAAAUCCAUUUCACUCAAUUCCAUGCAACAGACGGUGUUGGCUUACGAUCAAUCCUUUCUUCAAGUUGCCAACAACAACACCAAUCUCGUGAUUGAUGUGAUUUCGAAUGUGGAUGUGAAAGACGCCAAAAGUUCUCUGAAUGUAUUGAACUCUGUCACUUCAGAGACGAAACUCAUGGACGAUGGACAAGUUCUUUCAACCGUUUCUUCUCAAGUGAAUAACAUUCUAAACACACUUUUAAAUAAUUAUGAACAGGAAAGGAACAAUUACGGAUUCGUUGUGAACAAAGUUUCUGAUCAAGUCACAAAGACCGCACUCAACGUCGUGUCCAACAUUCUUGCCUCGAGUGUGACACCUUCAUGGACAACAAUUCCUGGAAGCUCACUUUCAAAGGAGCAAUUAGAAAGCCCACCUAUUGAUUCAUUGGUAACAUCCUUGUCUAAACUCAUGUUGCAAACAGUCGUUCCAACGGUUCUAGACAAUAGUUUCUCUUCAGUAUUACCAACUCUUCAGUAUUCAAGUGCCAUGUUGAAUACGACAGUUGCAUCGUUUGUAGUGAAAACAAAAACGAAUCGAAAGGUCAGUCGAGAAUUGAAAAAUGAGAGUUCAGAUCUUGCCUUAUUGCAAACAGAGAAUACUCAAGUGACGCUCAAUUUAUAUGAACUAGUGGAGAAAUAUUCAGGAUAUAACACAACGUUGGGUCUGUCUCUGGUGUCAUUUGCCAAAAAUCCAAAAAUGGAUAAUUUCACCAAGUCACAUUCAGCUGGUGCGCUCGUUCAUGAGUUUAAAUAUCAUCAAGACAACAAAAUUGUUCAGCUCUCUGAUUUAAAAACCCCAAUUUCUUUACAAUUUCAAAUUCCUUUAGAGAAUCGAAUGAUGCUAUCAGAAAUUCGAAAUAUGUCAACGAUGAAUUUGACUCGUAAUAAUUUCACAUCAAUUAUAGAAACAAAGGAAGAAACCUUUCUUCGUUGUAUGUAUUGGGAUGAGAAGAAUAAUGAAUGGAGCGACUUUGGAUGUGUACUUGCAAGUUAUGAAAAUGGUACUGGAGUUGCCACUUGUCAAUGCAAUCACACAACCAAAUUUAGUACUUUUAUUGAAUUUAGAACAAGAAACUGGACGACCAUCAUGCAACACAAUGAGACAAACGCCUCUCUUCUAGGCUCAUUCAUACAUUACGAGCUUUAUGUUCAGUAUAUGGAAAUUGCUUUUGGUUUUAUCUUUGCUUCUCUCUCCAUCCUAGUUUUACUACUUUUAGUUAUAUACAGAAAACACCAACCAGUGUCGAGUAGACUCAUUGCUCCCUAUUUAGGAAUGACCGCACUUCUCAUCGAAAGCAUUCUAGUAAGCAUUCUUCAAAGAGCUCUUUCUCUCUCAAGUGGCACUAGCAACGAUCCAUCACAAGACAAUUCCAGAAACGAUUCGAACAUCAUUGUGGCUCUUGUUGAAAACAUUUCACUUAUUGUAGUGAACACUCUCAAUUUGACUGCCAUUCUCUCCUAUUUCAUUCAAGUGGUUCGAUUUCAAUUCAUGAAAGCACUCUCUCACAAAAUGUUAUUGAACUCAAAGAGAAAUGUAAAAUCCAUGUUGAGACAUAUUCGAUGGUUGAGAUUUCUCACUUCGAGAUGGUUGUUUAUAUUGAUCAUUGCAUUUUCAGUGAUUGGAAAUUUAGUGUUUUGGACUUUGUGGGUCAUUUUGAGACGAUUGGAUAUCAUUUCGAGUCAAGUCUUUACCACGGUGACUAGUUUGUCCUACAUGUUCAUCAUCUUGGGCUAUAGCGUCUUUAUUUGCUUUGUUAUUGUCAUUGAUUUCAUACGGACCUGUCAACAAUCCACCAUUUCAUUUCAAAACCCAUCGACACAAGUUGAAAAUAAUGUCUCCACUCCUCAACAUGAUACUCUCACUAAAAGCAUCUCUUUUAAGAGAACUGUAUCACUGUCUCGUGUGAAAAGUGAAAGUACCAUUCAGAGUCAUCAGACACAUGUCACGAGUGCUUGUCCAUUGAAGAAUACAGAACUUUCUGUUCAACAAAGAAGUUUUUUGAGAAAGUUAUUUCAUCUCGAUACUCCUCUCUAUUUUAGAGCUGAAAUGAUGUUGUAUUUGGUGUGUUUUUUGUUUAUGAUGGUUCAAUUAGGUAUUGGAUUUGCAUCACAAUUUUACGAGAAUCAUUUGUUUAAAGUUUUUACAAGUGAUGGUGGAUCAUUGGAUUCUGAAGAAGAAUUCAAAAUGCACAACAAUGUCAUGGUCAUGUCAUUACUCAUUCUCAAGAUUUUCUCCCUGUUGAGUGAAAUUUGCUACACCAUUUGUUACAUUGCCAUCUUUGGUGGAUUUUCAUUAUUUGUGUUAUUUAAAUACAAACUCAAAUCGAGCAAAAUGUCACAUAGCUCCACAAACAAGCAACACAUGAACACCACAAGUACCACAAUUGGAGAUUUUGCAACAUCAAAGACAAACACUGAAGAAUAUCUUUUCGAAGAGUCUGAAGUUCUCUCUCUCAUCAGAGACGAUUUAGGAUUUCGAUUAUUUGAAGAAUUUUCUGAAAGGGAAUUCUCUUUAGAAAACUUGUAUUUUUAUUUGGAACUCUAUUCCAAUCAGAAUAUUAUUUUAGGACAAGAGAUACACGAACUUCCAUCUUUUUUGGAACAAUUAAAUGUCAAUUAUAUUGCAUCCACAGCACCGUAUGAAGUGAACUUACCUUCACAGGCAAAACAAAUGUUUUACGAUUUGAAGGAGUUUGUGGAGCGUUUAAAGAUGAAUACAUUGAUAUGGAAUGAAAUGAACAAUUCAACACCAUCCUCGACUCUGAAUAGUGAUGACGUGCUGCAAGUGGAUUCUCUGAGAGAGCAAGACACUAAAGACCAACCCAUUUCUGAUCAAGUUAAGGAAUUGAGAGAACAAUUAAUAGUAUGCUUUGAUCGAUUGGUGAAUGAAGUUUUUGUGAAUUUAGGUAAGUUCUGA